UUGACAAUGUUGUUUGAGACGUGGCAAAUCAGUGUUCCGGAGAAGUUGGGAUGGCAGUAGCAGCAGGAGUGAGGUGGUGGCCAUUUGCGGGUCGCAAAUUGAAAUUGUCGUCAUCGGAGAAGCCAUCUUCUACGUCUUCGUCUUCGUCUUCAUCCAUUUCAAGCACGAGAAUCAAUGCUCUGUUUUGGGGAUCUGGGAAUGGAAAUAGAGAUAGCAAGUCCAUCUCCUCCUCCUCAAUCUCCAUCUCCAUGCAACAACAAUUCACUAUCACAGGGGGAGGGGUGUCAGAGUCAGAGUCACCUAAUUCUAAUUGUAAAGUGAUAACAGUUUCAGUUAUAUCUUCAAUCUCAGAGGUUCCAUCCAUUGAAUGGGAUGCUUGUGCUCUCGAUGCUACAGGCCCUGAAAAGUUCAAUCCAUUCCUUACCCAUGCUUUUUUAUCAACCUUGGAGGAUUCUGGUUCUGCUGUCAAGGAAACAGGAUGGAUGCCACACCACAUCAUUGCUAAGGAUGAAGAAUCCAACAACAUUGUAGCUGUUGUCCCACUCUAUCUUAAAAGCCAUUCAUAUGGUGAAUUUGUUUUUGAUCAUUCUUGGGCUAAUGCAUACUAUACUUAUGGAUCGAGAUAUUACCCAAAGUUACAAUCUUGUGUGCCCUUCACACCAGUAACCGGUCCAAGGAUCUUGCUUCGUAACACCUCUUUCAAAGAUCAAGUUUUUGACAUUUUAGUCUCUGCAAUGAAGGAUCUCACUGUCAAGUACCAGAUUUCAUCAUUACAUGUUACUUUUCCCUCUGAAAACGAGUGGCAGAAAUUCACUGAAAAAGGUUUCCUGCCGAGGAUUGGAAUGCAGUACCACUGGAAAAACCGUAACUACAAAAAUUUUGAUGACUUCUUGAUGGACAUGAAGCAAAGUAAAAGAAAAAAUAUACGUCAAGAGCGCAAAAAGAUCUCAGCCCAGAACUUGAUUAUGAAACGGCUACGGGGUUAUGAGAUAAAGGCAAGGCACUGGGAUUCCUUCUACACUUUUUACAGGAACACAACUGAUAACAAAUGGGGUACUCCUCACCUGACAAGGGAUUUUUUUCAUGAGAUGGGAUCAAAAAUGGGAGAUCAAGUACUACUUGUUGUUGCUGAAGAAGGGGAUGAAUUAAUUGCAGGAGCCCUAAAUCUUAUUGGAGGAGAUACUUUGUUUGGGCGCCUAUGGGGGUGUCACCCACGAACUUACUAUCCAAGUUUGCAUUUUGAAGCAUGUUAUUACCAGGCAAUUGAAGCAGCUAUUGAACUCAAUCUUGAAACAGUAGAGGCAGGAGCUCAGGGCGAGCAUAAGAUUCAGCGGGGAUAUCUUCCUGUGACAACUUAUAGUUGCCAUUACCUUAUUGAUGAAGAAUUUAGGAAAGCUAUAGAAGACUUUUUAAUGCGUGAAUCUUCUCAGGUGAAGCUUGUUAUGAAACUCUUGCAUGACUCUGGUCCUUUUAAGGAAAAGUAAACACAUCGGCAUAGUGUUAAUUUUAAUUUGUAAAUAUGUAUGUGGUUUUAUCCUCUAACAUUAUAUUUUGCUAGGAAUAUGUAUAUGGUCGAAUCAGUGGACAUUGAUUAAUACCUUAGGCAUUUGUUGCAAAGGUAACUGGUGCAGCUCAAUUCUGAGAGUAGUUUCCUGGUAGGCAUGUAUGUAUAUUUAAAAUUAAAUCAGUGACCAUAAUUAAAGUCCAUUC